AUGCCCGAUGACUCGCCUCUGGACUCCAAGUCCCGUCAAGGGUACUUCCAGUGCGGCUUCGGCUCGUGUCGCAAGAGCUACAACCGUGCGGACCACCUCAUCCGCCAUGUUCGAUCACAUACCCGCGAGAAGCCGUACGUUUGUCAAGCGUGCAAUAAGGGGUUCUCGAGGCCGUAA